AUUCUAACAUCGUCUCCGCGGAGAUAGGGAGGCUCUCCCUUAAUAAUUAAAUCCUUUAUUUCGACAUCUUUAAUCGCGAAUUGCUAAUAAUUACAACAGUCAUUGUUCUAAUUAUUUAUUUCCGAAGUUGUAAACAUGGCAUACUAAAAUGUCUCCUUUGAAAGUGCUCAAGAUUUCUCCGUGUGGAGAUCACUCCAAGAAUUCGGUUGUUGAUGCAACAAGAGAUGGAAAAAAAGACGCUUUUGAGACCCAAUCAGCCCCCUGGGAAGGGACAGGGUGCUGAAAGUAAGAAGAAUCAAGAUGUUCCCAACAGUAAACCUUGGACAAAAGGUUUACGAAACAACAAUAUCCCAAAUAACCCUAAGCCCCCUCCUCAAAGAAAUAAGUAUGUUGGAUUUGACAAACGUCCAAGGCCCCGCGGUGGUAGUCAGAUGGGUGGAAAGGCGGAAACCAGGCUAGAGUUUGAACAACUCGAACCAGGUUCGGUAAUGAAAUUUGGCAACAAAAAGCAAAGUUUGAAUCAUCUUUUAAACUUUCACUAUACUCCCCGAUCUGUUGGAGGUCCUACGAAUUAUGGACGGCAAUACAAAAAGGGAAAAAUUAAUUAUCCUAAGUAUAAUAAGGAGCAUUAUUUACAAGCCAAUUGCCAGUUCAUUGUGCGAGAAGGUGAAGAUUAUUCAAUUUGUUUAAAAAAUCCUGAUGCGUUGGUUGAAUGGGAUUAUAUUGAACAAAUAAUAACUAAAUCUGAAGAUCCACCGCACUGUCCCAUUUGUUUGGAAGAGCCAUUGGCAGGAAGGAUUACCCGCUGCGGUCAUAUUUAUUGCUACCCUUGCAUACUUCAUUAUUUGGCUUUGUCUGAUAAGCCAUGGAGAAAGUGUCCCAUUUGUUACGAAGCCAUUCAUCUUAAAGAUUUGAAAAGUGUGUGCUGGGCCCCGAUUGCAACAUUUGGUUUAAACAGCACUAUAACAUUGCAACUGAUGAGGAGACCGAGAAAUUGUAACCAAGCUUGGCCUGUUGAUUCCACUAUGCAAAAUAAUUUGGUUCUGCCCAACAUCAGUGAUGGACCGAUUGCUUCUAAAUAUUGCAAGUUGUUACAAGCUAACUUGCAACAGAUUUUGGAUAUGAUCAAUGUCAAUCUGGCAGAUCUAAAUCGAGUCUACAAGAUAGAGGAAUUCACUCCUGAAGCAUGUUUCAUCCAGCAAGCAAUCGAUCUCCUUAACCAAUACCAGGCUGAUAAGUUAAACAGCGCUACAAAAAUCAAAACUAAAUCCAAUGACUUCAAACAACAAUCCUUGGACGAUUCUAAAACUCAAACUGCUGAUGAACAAAAUUUGACAGCCGAUAGUUUCAAACAACUCUCAUUAGAUGAUCAAAAAUUGACAAAAUGUGCUCCUGAAGAGCUUUCAUUAAAUGAAAAUGUAACUGGGAAUGAGGCUGGAGAAGUAAAACAUUUGGAAAAUGUUUUUGGUGCUGAUAAUUUGGAUGAAAUUCAAAAUUCUAUACUCGAUCAAAUCGAGCAAGGUGUUGAUUGUGUGGGAGAGGAUGUGGCGAGUGGAAUUGAAGUUUUGGAUGGGACCAGGAUUGGAGAAAGUGGAUCUGGAGAUAAAGAUUUCUAUUUUUAUCAAGCUCUGGAUGGGCAGCAUAUUUAUUUAGCCGGUCUGUGUGCCAGAAUUUUGGAAUAUUCCUAUGGCUCAUUGGCAAAUUGUCCAAAAACUAUAACUACAUCUGUGGAGGCACGUGAAGUUUUAACUGUUACUGAAGAGUUACGUAAAAGAUUGAGAUAUUUGGAGCACCUUCCAAUAACUUGCCAGAUAGAAUUGGUCGAGCUCAAACUACGACCACCUAUUGUCAGUCCUGAAUCGCUUGAAUACUUCCACAAUCAGUUAGAAACCAGGCGCAGGCUAAGACUCCGCAAAUGUCGUGAAGAGAACAGAAGGGACAUGCAGAUAACCAUAGAGCAGGAACGGAAGCAGAGAGGUUUGCCCAUUGCUGGUUCUUCUCAAACAAACCGAGAAAUAAAUUGGGAAAGCGAUUUUCCAACUUAUGGAAGCCCUCAGUCUGUUGGAAAUGAAUCUGAUUCAUUGGACCAUCAGGCAUCUGGAGUGGAUAAUUUGGGGACGUCGCCUGGACCAUCGUUUGCCACGAUGUUAACAAUGGCACGAUCCCCAAGUCAGGGUACUGAUUUUAUUCGACAAAAUAAAUGGGCAGCUUUACCAUCUCAGCAACAAACUGAUUCAAUAAACGUGGAACAGGAUCCUGAUUAUGAUCCUAACUAUGUACCAGCUCCAAGCUACACUCAGAGUUUCAGGGAUGCCAUCAGCCAGGCUAUGGAGAAGAGCUGCCAAUCGAAUGCAGGUGCUACAAAAGAGAAUGCUUCCAAGAAGAGCAAGAAAAAGAAGAAACAGAUUUUAUUUGCCACAGGCAUGAACUUUCAAGUGUAGAGCCCGAA